AUGGCUUCGGAAGGAUCUGCCCCUGCUGUCGUUGCCAAUGGCGGCGAGGAGUCUGUCGCCCAGCGCCUUCAACAGCACCAUGUGACUGUUGAGGACGCGCCAGACGAUGAACUGCCCUCCCAGCCGGUUGAUGGCGAAUCUGCUGCUGCUGCUCCUGGACCCUCUGUCGUGAAGACGGCUGCCAAGCGCCAGCAGGCUGCUCUCGACACCCAGUCACGAGAGUUGUUCCCUGAGCUUGGCGCUCCUCGCGGCAAGAGCCCCAGUGUUGUUCCCAUCUGGGGCGCUAGGAGCGAUGCUAAUGGCGGUUCCAAUGGCAUUUCUCCCUCGUCGACUCCGGCGUCUGGCUCUGCGACCCCCGCUCGCCUGGCCCCCGUGCGGAUUCCUGGAAUCAGUGAGGAGCUGAUCAAACUCGAUCCCGGGCAUAUUCGUCCCGAAAUGAAACGGGCGAUGGAGGGCAUUCUCAGCAAAGUUGGCAAGAGGUUUCAUAUCCCCAUCACCGUGUCUGCGGGCAACAAUGGCCAGCUCCAGUUCAAGGCCACUGGCCCUCAGGCAGUCGCUCAACAGGCACUCAAGGACGUGGUUGCUCAAAUCGGUUCAAAGGUUACAAUUCAGGUCCCCAUUCCUCAGUCCACCCGCCCCUUCAUCAUUGGCAAGGGUGGUGCUACUAUCAAGGCUAUCCAGGAGAAGACCGGUGCCAGAAUCCAGAUGCCCAAGGCCGAUGAGCACCAGCCGGUUGACCAGCAGGAUGACGAGGCCAUCGUCCUCGUCACUGUCGAGGGCAAUUCUCUUACUGCCGCUGCUGCUCGGAAGGAGAUUGAGAACAUCGUCAACGAGCGAUCGGCUAACGUCCAGACCAGAGUGCAGGGGGUCCCUACCGCUUUCUACCCCUUCAUUGCCGGCCCUGGACACUCCCUGGCGCAUGAGAUUGAGCAGGCCAAUGGGGUCCAGGUCCGCGUCCCCACUAAUCAGCUGUACUCGUCCGCGCCGCUUCCCGUUGCGCCGGGCCCCGGUCAGCGGCCCGUGUUUGCUCCUGCCGGUGCGGAUGACGAGCAUAUCCAGCUUGCCGGUGACCGCAGGGCUGUGCAACGGGUCCGCGAGCUGAUUGCGCGUCGUGUCGAGGAGCUGCAGAGGCAGCUGGAGGCCGAACAGCUCUCCAUCCAGAGAGGCCGACACCAGUUCAUCAUUGGACAGCGAGGCAUUCCCAUGGAAGACUUCUUCAGGGAGACUGGCUGUGCCAUCGUGUUCCCCCAGGAGGAAGACGACGAUACGAUUACCGUCGUCGGUCCCCCCUCCCAAGUACCGGCCGGCCUCGAGAGAGCCAUGGAACUCGCCAUGGGUAUGCAAAUGUCCAACAUUGACAUUUCGCGGGCCCACCGCAACGCACCUGGAGGAGCAUUGGCCCAUGCUGCCAAUGUCACCCGAUACCUUCGCCAGCGCAAGGAGAUUGAGCGCCUGGAGAAGCAGUAUAACACGCACAUCAACACUCCCUUCUCUCAGGAUGGCGCCCUCCCUUGGGAGCUGUACUCUCGCGAGGGUAGGAAUGCCAUUCGUGCGCAGUCGGAAAUCACUGCAAUUCUCAGCGGACACCCACCGUCGCGUAUGCAAACGGUUGCUGUCGACCCUUUCUUCCACCAGCACCUGCGCAAUGAGAUCACUCCCAAGGUCAAGAAGGAGUUUGGUGUUCAGGUUGUUGUUCCAGACGCAUCGGAAGCCAACACUCCCGUGCUUCUGGUCUUUGAGGGUCCCGAUCCUGCUGAAGGUGCCUACCAGCCUCCCCGUGCCAAGCCUUCGGAAGCGGAGCUGCAAACCUUCAAGCAAGCUCUGGAGGCUGCCCAAAAGCACAUCCUGGGUCUCAUCAGCAAGCAAGAGGCAAUCAUCGCCAUCUCUCUGGAUGUCCCAGCCAAAUUCCACGAGAAGCUUCGCCGAUUUAUCAAGAAGGAGCAGGAGAGCCGCGAUGAGUAUCAGAUCCCCGUUCGCGUGACCAAGGUCGGCAAUAUUGUGACUCUGCGAGGUCCCAAGUCGGCUGUUGAGUCCCUCGCCAGCAAGGCCACUGCCUUCAUCGAGCAGGAGAAGAUUGACGAGAAGGAACGUGGCUACACGCUGACCUUUGACUUCCCCCAGAAGUUCGCCAACCAUCUCAUUGGCAAGGGUGGCAGCAACAUCAAGGAGCUCCGUGAUCGGUUCGACGUCGAGAUCCAAGUCCAGGACGGCAAGGUGGAGCUCAAGGGACCCCAGGCCAAGGCCGAGAAAGCUCGAACAUACAUCCAGAACCUCGGCCGGACUCUGGCUGACGAGACCACCCACAUUCUCAAGAUUGAUCCCAAGUACCACCGAGAGCUGAUUGGUGCCGGUGGCAGCCAGAUCAAUCGUCUGCAGAACCGGUACAAGGUCCUCAUUUUCUUCCCCAAGUCGGCCAAGAAUGGAGAUGAUCAAGCCAGUGAGGCGGCAAGCGAGGCUGGCAAGCCUCGACGCCAGCAGGCUCCGGACGAGGUCAUCAUUCGAGGACCCAAGAAGGGCGCCGAUGAGGCUCGCGACGAGAUCUACUCGCUGCACAAGUACCUGGAGGAGCACUCUCACACUGCCACGGUUGGAGUGCAGCAGAAGCAAGUCGGCUCGCUGAUAGGACAAGGCGGUGCCGCUCUGGACGAGCUUCGACAGCUGACCGGGGCUCGAAUCGAUGUUCCGGCAGAUCGAGAUACUCCCAUUGUUGAGAUCUCCAUCAAGGGAACUGCCUCCCAGGUGAAGAAGGCGAAGCAGAUUCUCGAGGAGAAGCGAGCCGAGUUUGAGGACACCGUCGUUGAGACGAUUGAGGUUGAUAAGAAACACCACAAGGCUCUCAUUGGAGCAGGCGGCUCCACCCUCCGCGACAUUGUUACCUCAGCCGGCGGCUCUGAUGAUCGACGUGCUCUUGCCCGCACGAUCCAGUUCCCGAAGCAGGAGUCGGAUGGUAACACCAUCAAGAUUGAGGGCCGGACGGAAGUCGUGAACAAGAUUAUCAAGAAGAUCCAGGAGAUUGUUGCCGAGCGUGAGAGCCAGGUGACAGAAAUUGUUGACGUGCCGAUUGACCAGCACCGAUCGCUCAUCGGACGAGGAGGCGAUGCCAAGCGCCAGCUCGAGUCGCAGUUUGGCGUCUCCAUCGACAUCCCCCGCCAGGGUGACGGCAAGACUGGCGUCAAGGUGACUGGACGGGCCGAGAACGUUGCCAAGGCCAAGGAACACAUCUCCGGCCUGAUCAAGCAGCAGCACAGCGAGACUCUCCAGGUGCCUCGUAACCUGCACCACGUCGUGUCUAAUAACGGUCAGAUCUUCCGCCAGCUUCGCAACAACUACCAGGUGACGGUAGACCACGCCGGCGAGAGCAUUCCGGCCAAGCCCACGCCGUCGGCCAGGGCCGUUGAGGGCGCCCUGCCACUGAUCACGGAUGAUGCAGACGCCGCAGCUGACGUUCACUCUUGGAAGGUCGUCAGCCUCCAGGCGGGCGAUGAGGGCGAUAUCCCAUGGGUCCUUCGCGGAACGCCCGAGAACGUCGCCAAGGCCAAGGAGCUGAUUAUGAAGAACCUGGAGCAGGCCAAGGCCAACGACGCUACGGGAUACCUCAUCCUGCCCGACCCUAAGACUUACCGUUUCGUCAUUGGACCCAACGGAAGCAAGGUCAAGUCUAUUCGCAACCAGAGCAACUGCCAGAUUCAGGUGCCGCGAGAUCAGGCCAAGGAUGAGGCCAUUGAGAUUCUGGGCACUCGCGAAGGCGUAGAGAAGGCCAAGGAGCUGAUUCUGGCAGCUGUCCGAGAGGGACAGAGCAAGUCGAGAGAGUAG